AUGCUGGAGAUUCAAUUCAACACUUCGAUGAGCAUUGUAGCGGUGGGGACAAUCUUUCCCUUGGUUUUCUCAGUGCAAGCAAGCUUCCAAAGGAGAGAGAAGGCCUUGAGUUGUUUGGCAAAGCUGAAAGGAGCAAUGUACACGAUGUACCUUAUGUUUAAGACGUGGGAGAAAGACCAGAGUGGCGCAUGGUGUUGGGAGUCUGACAGUGUUGGAAUGAGGGCCCAAGCAGUGGAAACUCUAUUUCAAAAGCUUCUUGAUGAUAUUGAAUGGUAUUUGAGGAGCAGCAAGCAUUCUGAGGAGGCAGGAAAUGUUGUCUACGAUGGUUUUGCGAGCCUUGCAGAGAAGAUGCAGGAAUUUCAUGCCCACUCUGGCUACAGGCUCAAUGGAGAAUCUGGGAUGGGGCGCAUGUCGGUUUACUUUCGUGACAUGAUAUCACAUUUUGAAAGUGUGCGCACCAUACGAGAUGUAGAAACUCCCAUUGGUCUGCGAUUGUUCUGCUUUGCGCUGAUCCACACCACUCCCAUCCUAUUGGCACCUUACUGGAAUCACUUCUGCGUGAAGCAGCACAAUUGGGAGAUAAUCGAGAACAAGUAUGGAUGUGACGCAGGAUAUUUCAUCUGUAUCACCUACGUGCUUAUUGUUAUCACACUUUACCGUGUGCAAAGCGAACUGGAGGAUCCUUUCGAUGGACGUGGGGCUGAUGACAUUAAGUGGGAGUUCAUCCGAUCGCAACUGGACCAAAUGUCAAACUAUGGGCGAACAGGGAGAAAAAGAAGAAUGAUGUUGGUAGAUUGGGAUGCGCCGUGCAUCGAUCACAGCAUUGCAGCUACCUAA